AUGACAUCUCCCUCAUCAGCAAGUGUACGAAGAAUCAACAAAGAAUUUGCAGACUUACAGGAAAAUCCUAUUCCCAACUUACGCUGUUCUUUGGCAAACGACAAUCUUUUCCAGUGGAAUUGUACAGUUGUAGGGCCUAGCGAUUCUGUUUACGUUGGAGGAACGUUUUAUUUUACAUUAACGUUUCGUCCUGAUUACCCGUUUCAACCUCCAACUGCUCAAUUUACAACUAGAAUCUAUCAUCCCAAUUUUGAUUCAGAAGGGAAUAUUUGUUUGCCUAUAUUAAGACCCCAGACCUUCAAGCCUAGUGUGAAGCUAAGGAGUAUCCUUGAACAAGUGAUUCAUCUCUUGAUUGAACCCAAUCCAGACGACCCAUUAAGCCCAUCCAUAGCAGAGCAAUACAAGAACGAUCGUCCUACGUUUGAGAAGAUUGCUCGAGAUUAUGUACAACAGUUUGCCAAGUCAUGA